UUAUAACCUUGAGUUGAUACAAUACAGAUCAAGGGUAACGCCGCAACAAUGGGCAACAAAGAAGAUGAUGAUGAGUUGGAUUAUGAAUAUGAAUCUUGCCUUGGUUCCCGGCGCCCUAAUGCUCAUGGUGGCCGUGGUUCUCAUUCUUCCACCCUCCAACCUCUCUCCAAUCGCAACCAGAGGUUCUCUAACCGCAUUCGUGCUUCUCCAUUGGAGGAGUGGGAAGGAAGAACAAAUAUUGGCAUGUCUAACACUGUUACCACAGAAAUUCGUGGAAGUCUGAUGCAUAUGUCUAUCGGUAAAACUAAAACUACUGGGAAAGUCGACCGAGCCACUGUUGAGAACGUACGUAACCAAUCAUUUUCUUCUUACAAUUCAUUUUCAAUAAUUUGUAUACAACUAACACAAAAAUUCCCUCAGGCAAUUGAUCUCAGAACGCGCAUGGCUAUAUUUAAGAUGAUCAACAAUAAUCUGUUUCAGCAUAUUAAUGGAUGCAUUUCAACUGGAAAAGAAGCAAAUGUUUAUCAUGCUACCGAUUCCGAUGGUCAAGAAUAUGCAAUUAAAAUACACAAAACAUCUGUUCUGGGAUUUAAGGAUAGAAAUAAAUAUGUCAAAGGAGAUCGCCGCUUUGAACGUGCCUACUGUAGUCGUAAUCCCAGAGAAAUGGGAAAAACAUGGGCAGAAAAGGAACUCAAGAAUCUUUAUAGGAUAGCUGCAAAAGGAAUUAGGUGCCCUAAACCGCGUCAUCAAAAGCUACAUAUGGUGGUGAUGGAUUUUAUUGGAAAGGAUGGUUGGGCCGCUCCACGUCUCAAAGACGCAGAUUUAUCUUUAGGCAAGUUACUGGAAGGCUAUGUUGAGAUAAUUGUUGCAAUGCGGGAUUUAUAUCAGAAGUGCAGAUUGGUGCAUGGUGACCUCAGUGAAUAUAAUAUACUUUAUUAUGAGGGUCACUUGUAUAUUAUUGAUGUUUCUCAAGCGGUUGACAUUGACCAUCCUUGCGCUCAUUGUUUACUGUUUGAAGACUGUAAACAUGUAUCCGAUUUCUUUAAGAAACACGGUGUAGGUGUCAUGACAAAAACAGAGCUGUUUAAGUUUAUAGUUAAUGCGUUCAUUGCUGAUGAUGAUGUUGUGGAUAGUUACUUGGAAAAGGUGCAACAAAAAACUUUGACCGGAGGUGCAUCCGAAGAGGAUGAGAUUUCAAAUUGGUCUGACAUUGCGAAUACACUAGUUAAUGUUAAGAAUGCUGAGGAGGCUGUACAACUUAUAAAGAGCACCAUUGACCAUCAAAAGCAGAAAUUAGAUAUCAGAGAUUAUUCACAUGUCGUCUCUGAUGAUAAGUCUAACCUCUUAGAAGGUGAUGUUGCCGGUGAGGACGAAGAUAACAACAGUGAUUCCAAAGAGAUUUCAUCUUCCGAAAGUGAUCCUGAAGAGAUUUCAUCUUUUGAAAGUUUUCCGAGGACUCCUAUUGAGAAAAGUGUUUCGAGGACUCCUAUUGAGAAGAAAGAUGAUAGGAAGAAAGCUAGGAAAGAAAGUGAAAAGAAGAUGAAAGAGAAGAAAAGAGAAAAAAGGAAAACUAAAAUCUCCAAGGCUGCAAAGAAAAGAAGGAUAAAAUUGACUAAAGCCCCCAAGACAAGAUAGACGGCAGUAACUUUCAAUGGCUGUAUGUAUGAGUGUAGGUUUUGAAUUUUCGGAUAAAAGGUAUAGUGCUGCCAAAGAUAUGAAAUUUAUUUCUACUUUUGUUUUCUGGUUAUGCAUACUUUUUGAUCAAUGUGGGAAAAACUUAAUAUUUUGGAGAAUGCUAUUUUAGAUAGUGAUAAACAUUGUCGUAAAAAAA